CUAAGAUGAUAACUGGCUAAUUCUUUGGGCUUCAACACUAAGCAACCGUUGUCCUUACUCCUUAGUCUUUACUCUUACUCCUUCGACAGACCGAUGAAACGAAUUUCAGCAUGAUUUCGAUUCGUUGGUAGCAUGACGUUGGUCGAGAAUUUCCGUUGUAAUCGUAAAAAUUAAAAUCGAUAGUCUUCGAAAUAUUCAGUGAUUAUGAACAAGAAAGGUCUAGCGAUUUUAUUGCGUUCUAAAAUGAGGCCUCUCUCUCCUGCUUCUAAGAAAGUUAACCAUGUGCAACUUGCUCCCUUAGAUGUGAACAAAGUAGCUACUCAAAAUGCCUCCAGCAAGACCCCAAGAGAUUUUGGGCAAGUACGUGAAUCAAUGCAUUCAGUCAUAUCAAUGAACAGAAAAGAGAUACUGGAUACUGCACUAAGUGAAUUCUCAGAGGGGUAUUUUAGUCUUUCUCAAGAAAACCGUCACAAGUUACUACUCAUUCUCGCUCAAGAGUAUGACCUCAAUAGGAAUCAAGUUCGGGAGUUGAUGAAGCAGUAUGUUGGUUUUGAGAUCCCUAAAGGUGAUGGAAUUGAUGAACAUGGACAUGAAGUGGAAGGACAUCUUUCUGGUUUUUAUAGAAUUGAAAGAAAUUUAAGACAUGCUCUUAACCCAAUGUACUCAGUUCUGUUUGAAAGGCUUAACACACAUCCUGGUGGUUUGAAGUUUUUGUCCACUGUUCGAGCUGAUAUACUGUCUAUUAUCGCGGAUGAAAAUAUUGCAUCAAUACGAGCUUUAGAUUCGUAUUUGAAAGAAAAGCUUAUUACAUGGCUAAGUCCAGCCAACCUUGAGCUUCACCAAAUUACAUGGGAUGAUCCUGCUUCAUUGCUAGAGAAGAUUGUAGCUUAUGAGGCUGUGCAUCCCAUCAGUAAUCUUAUAGAUUUAAAGAGGAGACUUGGAAUAGGUCGACGCUGUUUUGGAUACAUUCAUCCAGCUAUACCUGGUGAACCGCUUAUAUUUAUUGAAGUUGCACUUAUGAAGAAUAUAGCUUCUACCAUACAAGAAGUCCUGUGGCAUGAUCCUCCUACACCUGAAGCCGAAGCAAGUACUGCAUUAUUUUACUCUAUUUCAUCAACUCAGCCUGGCUUAGCAGGAAUCAACUUAGGGAAGUUUUUGAUAAAACGAGUGAUUCAUCUGGUGAAGAAAGACAUGCCAAAUAUAUCUAAUUUUGCAACCCUAAGCCCUAUCCCAGGGUUCAUGCAGUGGCUAAUGUCUAAGUUGGCAUCAUCUGAGAGAUCUGUUCCCAUUUUCAGUGAGAACAUCCUCCAACCUCAUGAGGAAAGAGUACUCUUGGAUGCAUAUGCGGAUUCCACUGAAGGGAGAAAUGGCAUGGAAGUAUUGUUGCACCUGUUGACCUCAACUAACCAUGAGUGGACUCAAUCUGAUGGAUUACAACCAAUUCUACUAAGACUCUGUGCCAGGUACCUUUUACAUGAGAAGAAGAGAGGGAAAGCUCUAGAUUCAGUUGCCAAUUUCCACUUGCAAAAUGGAGCUAUGAUUGGAAGACUGAAUUGGAUGGCUGAUCGAUCCGAAAAGGGCCUUACUCAAAGUGGAGGAAUUAUGGUAAAUUACAUCUACAGUUUGGAACAUAUUGAAGAUUACGCUCAGGCGUAUUUCAGCACAGGCCAUAUCCAGGUUUCCCAUGAUGUGCUUCAUUAUAUCGAGUCAAUGGAGAAGAAUGAAGACUCGAUAAGUUGAUGAAGGAAGGACAUGUUUGUCUCAUGAUGCAUGUAUUUUAGUAAGUAAACAACUCAACUUGUGUAAAUUUAAUUCUUAUUUAAUAUGUUAAUAAAGUGUGAAAUGGUUUUGCAUUACAUGGAAGAAAUAUAACUAAACAUGAUAUUAUUAUCCAUGAAAUUGGGCAACUUCAUUUUUCAGUUUCUACAUGACUUGUUUCCAACACGUAAUCCCUCAUAAGUCUUGUGUUAGAUUCAUCUGCCAUCUUUUUAGCCAAUCGUUCUAAAUUGUCCCACUCAAAAUCUCUCUUGCAGUAUGCGGAUCGAACCUCCAAUAUUCUCAUGGCUACCAUGGUUUUAUGUCUUGAUGAUUCACGCAUUAAAGCUGCACAGAACUUAUCGCCAUCGUUUAAAGAGUGUCUUUCCAUAAAUUCCAUUAACUCUUUAUGGGCUUCGGAGUAACAAACACCUCAAGCUGCGCAUUGACAACCCUCACGGCAACAUAUGUAAAAAGAUUGUGGAGGUUCUUUGCUGCUUUGGCUUCUGGUGAUGCUUCUCCAAAUCCUAUCAAAACUCAAAACCAACAGUCAAUCAUUUUACAUAACUCACUGAUUUAGAUGUUGGGCUCCAUUGAUUCAAAGGAAAACUCCCAAUGCUUGUUCCAUGGGGUUUUUGAGAGAGAAAGGAGAAGUGGGAUAGUGGCAGAAUGGUUGAGGACUCCAUGGUCAACAACAGAAACAAGAAUGGUCAAUGGUUUCAAAGAUUUGAAUGGGUGCUCGGUUUUAUCAACAUUCAUUGGAUAUAAAAAGUUUCCUACAAAAAUAUCUUUGUUUUGUCCCACUUUUCGCACAAAUAUCUUCGGUGUCUCAUUAUUUCCUUGAAACAGACCCAUUAAAUCACGUCUGAUAAUGGAAAAUUUAUGUUAAAUUCAUUGAAUUGUUUUGUGCGAUUAGUAAGUAACACAUGAAUAUAAAAUUUAAUACGACAAAAUACAUUAACCACACCAUAUGUUGAUAUUUUUACACUUUAAACAUGUAUAUAUUUUUUUUCUUCCAUUAAAGCCAUCCGAUUUUGAAAGAAAAAAUUGAUGCAACCACUGUGAUCUUUUAUUUUUGGUUCAACAGUAUCAUUGAUAUGAUGGCAUUUUUCUGAAAAAAAAAAUCAUAAAUGAUCCCUGUGGUUUUCCAACAUCUGAAGUUUAGUC